AUGCGAGAGAUGCUUUUGCAGCAUUUAAAGUUGUUCGUGGGCAUUGUUCAGCUCAUAACUGCUUGUUCUUCACUUUCCAUGAGCGAGUUUUAUCCUUAUGGAGUAGGCAAUGGCGACACUGAACUUCCGGCAAAUGAUGAUGGUAGUUCUGGAGAAAUACCGAUUUCUAUUCUCUUUCCGUAUUUCGAUCGGAACCAUGAUUCACUUUUCGUAAGUACUGUUGUCUCUUUAAUUUGCUGAUUUAAGUAAUUUUUUACAUUGAAGCCUAGCUUCAGCUGUAGCUUCACCCCCUGAACCUCUGAGUCUCCGAUUGUAAGCGUGACGAUUCGAGCUAUAAAUCACGAUCUUUGUUUGUUGAUUGAUUUUUUUAUUUAAAGUUUGGUUUUUAAGCAUCAUUCACAGAGUUAGAUGCAUAUUCUUUUUACUUCCUUAGCAUCCCUGGAUUAUGUUAAAACUUUGAAUUUUUAGUUUAUUCCAUCAAUCUAUAACCGAAAGCGGAAAAAAAAACAUUAACUAAAAGAGUAUCUUGUGCUGCGCCUCAUGCAAAAUGUAGACGAUUAGCAUAAGUUGCUUACACCGAAAAAUUACUUAUUGUGUACGUGAUUACCAUGGCUUAUGAGAUACCCAAAACUAUGUUCUAGAAAACGACUAGCAGACGUAACUACCUUACAAGGUCGUUGUUAGAACAAUUUUUGAACGAACGAUAGGUCUUGCAUAUGUAAUGAUGUUUUUGUCGAAGAGAGGUCACGUUUUUUAUAUUUCACUUGAUUUAUUCAUGCCAUAAUUUUCACAGAAUUAAGACAUUUUUUUGCACACCACUGGUUUUUAAGUUGAUUAUCUUACAGCGCAUGUCACAUAAAUGACACGGUAUACUGUGUGUUUAGAGGUAGCGUGAUCAAAUGGAUUAAUUCAACUGCAUAAUAUCGUAGAUAGGAAUUCAUAGGUAUUGCCACUUUCAUUUGUACACGUGACCCAACACUGGAUUAGCUUCGCGGAAAAAUACAGCAUUUCUAAUUUGUGAUCCAUAAAAAGCUCUAAAAAAACUUGUUUAAACGUACUAACAAAUGGCGCCUUAUAAAACGUAGUUUGGUGAUACACUCAAUAAGAAGUCGAAAGUAAGUAAUGGCCGUUUUAUAUGAGACUGGUGUAGGCAAAAGUCUUUAUUUUGCGUCUCGAGUGGGCUUUUUUCUAUUCAAACAUUUUUUUGUCAAAACUAGCAGAAAAUUUUCCAUAAACCGCCGCUUAUAAGUUCACCCAGUUAUAAGCCCCCCACCCCCCAAGUCAUUGGCACCUGUAAACGAAAAAGUAUACAUCUCAUAUUGUAUGCCCCCUCGCCACCCGGGAUUUAAGACCGGCCCCCCCGGAUUUAAGACCCAUCCAAAUUAUGACGUUUUCAGUGCAGCUUAAUGAAAAGAAAAACAGUGAGUGAAAAACGUAUUGAGAUAAGGGGGAUGAGGGGGGGCGGGGGGGUGGUCAUCCAGACCCUUGGAAAAAAGGGGGGCGGUCUCCAAAACAAUUUUUUUUGGGCCCUUCGGGCCUCAGUUUGGUCUAAAAAUGGGGGGGGGGGGGGGCCCCCUGGGAUCCCCCCGUGGGGUCAACAUGGUAUUAGGUGGUUUUAGUUGUGGGCUUUUAUUUUCUCUGUUUUAGUGCUCUCUAUCAGGAGUUUGUAGGGUGAGGGACAGUGAGAGAAAAAGAAAGAGGGGGGGUGAGGAGGGGGGGGGGGGGGGGGUGGGGGGGGGGGGGGGGGGGGUGGCCGUCAGGGCCCUGGGAAGAAGGGGGGGGGGGUUUCAAAAUAUUUUUUUGGGGGCCGGCGGGGCGUGAGUUGGGGGAAAAAGGGGGGGGGGGGGGGCUCCCCUGGAUCCGCCACUGUGAUCAACAUUGCUAUAGCUUGUUUCGAAUUAGGGCUUUUUCUAUUCCGUUUUUAAGUGGUCCUAGGGCUUAUAAGCUGCAAGCAGUUUAUGGUAUGGGAAUACAUCAGUGUCUUUGGUCUUGAAUUGAAUCUCUCCUCUGUUUGUUCUUCAGGUGAACACUAAUGGGGUAGUGUCAUUUUUAGUAGCAGUAAGUCAAUUCACCCCAGAUCCCUUCCCUCUGGGGGAUCAGCGACGCCUCAUCUCACCAUUCUGGGGCGAUGUGGACACAAGAAAAGGAGGGACUGUCUCCUAUCGGGAGAGUACAGAUACGUUGCUGUUGCAGCGAGCGACUGCUGAUAUUCGCCGGGCGUUCGUAAUUCAUCAAAAGUUUACGGCAACGUGGAUUUUUAUUGUAACCUGGGACAGAGUUGCCUUCUACGGAGCUAGUGGGGGCAUGCAGAGUAAGGUAUGGUCGGUUACACUACUUGAGGUCUUAUGUAUUGAAGAGUCUUCCCACAAGAAAUGAGCUAGUCUGUUCCAGGCUCCAAGAUAGUGGUGUGCCCGACGUGGUUACGCAAAUAUCGACUAACAAGCUUUGCAACUUACAAUUUAUCUCACGCAGACACAGGGUCCAGAGGAGAUGUGUUUGUCGUUAGAACACCAAAACUCGUCGAAAACCUCUGAAAAAAUGGGUUAUUUUGAUCGCGUUACAGUUUCGUUACACAUUCUAUAGACCGCAAACCAAGAGACUGAGGGCUCGCAAGAUCGGCUUACAGUAUAAAAUAAAUAAAUAAAAUAAACUUCGUGCCUCGGUCGCCCUUCGGGCGACGUGCCAUGCGCCAGCGAGGAUAUGGCUUGCGGUUAUUUAUUUUCAAAAGUCGAUCUGGGUCAGAUAAGAAGCGAAGAAAUCGUUUACGGUAGAUUUCUAUAAAGAUCCCAUUGGGCUAAUUAAUCGUGCUAAGCGACAUGUAUAGACAUUUUUCAAGGUGAGACUUUAAAUAAGUAAUUCAUUUAUUCACACGAAACUCCUCUGGACCCUGUGACGCAGAUGAACAAGAGUUUUCACUGGGACACGCUUAUAGAGCGUUUUCAUGCAUAUGACAUCACGGCGGCCAUAUUGGUGUUCCAAAACAUUCCCGUGGGAGUUGAGCUCUUUUCUUAUGUAAACACUUUCUUUUGUUCCAAUAACUUUGCAUAGGCGCUGGACACGUGAGUGAAAAUGCUCCAGAAAGCCGUUUUAGUAUUUAAACGCAUUUUCGUGAAAUUGGGCGUAACCUGGAGAUACCUGUUUUGUCUUCUGUUUUAGGUUAACACCUUUCAAACGAUUUUGGUUACAAAUGGACGCCAUUCCUUUGCAAUAUUUAAUUACAAUCUGAUAAUGUGGACAACUGGUACAGCAAGCGGCGGAAAUUCUGAAGGUUUGGGUGGCACACCUGCCCAGGUGAGAAAACUAUGUCCUCCCUCCUCGUCCCCAGUAUUCGUUUUUGCUCAUACGCGGGUGUUUGUAACCGGCACUUCAGACGAAGCUAAGGGCGCUUUCCAUUUACGAAAAAAACCCGGAAAUUUCGGUGGUAGCAAAAGUGGAAUUUCCGAUUGGUAAAAAGUUGUUCCAUUUGGUCGUAAACCCCGGUACGUGGCGGUGCCCGACCGUAGACCUGGAACUGGUACAAACUACGAGAAACGUAAAUGGAACACGACAUUAGUGGGGACUAAGAUAUGCAAAUGAGUCACUCACUCACUCGUAGUAGACGCACUUCGUAAUUAAUCGGGUCCGAACUCGAGAACGCGAAGAUCUAUCAUUUCCAAAGAAGCACGCGCUCGCCGAAGUUCGGUAGCAUCAAAUUCCUCGCUGCAAGCGUGCAUCGUGCGCUACAGCACGGUUAGGAUAGAGGUCUUACCAAAUUUAAGACAGGCAGGAAUCUUUCAAAUUAGUACGAUUCAAAACCCUUUGACCCGUCCAGGCGUUAAACUUGACAAGAAGAUGAGCAUUUGCUCUUCGACUCCUUCAACUUCGACGCUGGCUUGAUCCCCUACCUUGUAGUACUGUACGUAGUAGGUUAUGUGUAUGAAUGAAUUUAUGGCGGUCAGUAUAAAACACGGACUGCGCACUACGGACUGCGGACUGGGUAUAAAAUACAGACUAUAAAAUACGGACUGGUGAAAUGUAUGGUAAAUAAAGGCGCUUCUUCUUCUUCUUCUUAAGGACUCCCCAAGAUCACGGGGGGAAAUGGCUGUGAGUUUGAGCAUUACCUUUUUAAAAUAACAGCGGAAAUCGAGACAAGAAAACAUAACCUAAUGUUUUGCGUCCUACUUCGCGGAGGAGUUGUGUCGACCAUAGUCUUUCUUUGAUUUGGUUUUCGCGUUUGUUAGCUGAAAGUAUUAGCUGCGAAAUUGAUGAGGAAUUUCCAGAAAAUCGCUUGUGUUGAGGUAAUUUCAGGCAGGAAUCUGGAAAUCGUUGUUUACGUUGAAAUAUGACGCAAGAAAGUGACGUUGUAAUAGGCAUCUCUUAAGGUGGUCCUUAGAGUUUGUGACAGCAGGCUGUGCACGAAGAUAGUAUAUUGUAAACCGAUUACAAAGUCUUAACAUCAGCUGUACCACUAACACCAGUGACAAUUUUCCUUGCGUUUGGUGCAAAUGCAUGGCGUAACCGUGCGGAUCCGGUAUUAAAGACAACGUGUGCGAAUAUUCUCUUGAAUUAAUAAUCCAUGCAGCUUAGGUUUUCAACUUUUCCAUCACAGGCAGGCUUCAAUGCUGGAGAUGGGAUUAGAUUCUUUCAGAUAAAUGGCUCAAGAACCAACGACAUUCUCAAUCUCCCAUCCACUUCAAACGUGGCUCUUCCAGGACAGUGGAUAUUCCGAACUGAUGAGGCUAGUGUUGAAGCUGGAGGAUGCAAUACUAAAGGUGAAGCUUUCUUAAUACAUCGCACAGUGCUUGGAUAUUUCUCUUAGAGGGAUUGAUCUACCACAAGGAACUAUUUUUUAGGGUGAUAAGUCCUUUCUUGGGUAUACUGCGAGCGUCUUUUAUUUUUGUUUUGAACCAUUGUAGAUCGAGAGCAAGCGUGAGGGGCGAGCGGGCGAGGAACGAGCGCGGAAGCCUGAGAGGAGACCUUUUUCCUCUCUCCGCCCCAAUAUCUCCUCCUUUUGUCAUUAAUUUGCAUAGUUUUACUAUUUCACUCGCCGCGCGAGCCCUGAGGAAGGAAGGACGACCACUCACGGUCUAUUUCUUGAAGCACACUUACCAGAAACCGACGCUUCUUGUAUUGAUGUCGAUAUUCUAGGCAAGAGACCAUUUAUUAGGCUCGAUUUCCGCCUUCUCCCAGGUCCGGUCUUUGAUCAUUUUCCCGAACAGGGGCUGGUAAUUGAGCCUACCAUUUUAUAUACUCAGUAUACUCCAUUUCUUAAAACCCUGUUUAUUGUUAUCUUAUUACUACCUUUAUUUACACCAAUAGGUUCUCUGACCAUUUCUCCUCGAUCUGGGAUAAUGCUGGGAGGAACAAACUUGAAAAUGAGUGGACCUUGUUUCAAACAGAAUGACAACAUAGUUGUGCAGUUUGACGGCAACGUCAAUAUCAAUGCAACGUUUGGAACCGAAAUUCAGUCUUCUGUUACCGUGCCUGUUCUAAACAAGACUGGAAGAGUACCCAUCAAAUUGUCUGUGGAUGGUGGGAAUUCCUUUGAUUACAACGGAGUUUACACUUCAGGUAUUUGUCGUUUUAUUCUUUGCUGACUUACGGUAAUGAAUGGAGACUGGGUUGACUGGAUCCAGCGUGGCCUAGCCUCCAGGUUGACACCACAGGUGUGGAGGGGAACAAUAAAGUUUUUUUUUUUUUAUGGGGAGGAUCCGCGGCGAGGUUCAUUCCCGUUUUUGCAAACAAUCCUUUCCUGUGCCUUCUAUUGACAAAUGUACCCGUUUCACAUACCUCUUUUAGAACUUUGCAUUCAUUUAACUGCUAGAGUACACUGCCUAUAAAAUAUGAACAAAUCACAAAACCAGAAUGCUUUCUCGACUUUUCCACGGCCGUAAAAAGCAUAUGUUAGCCCUUUUGGCUAACAUAUUCAUUUUUUUGACCAUUAUGAUACCCUAACAACCUUUCAUAUACUUGGACAAGUGACAUCCCUACUCUUUCAUAAACUUGAAGCCUGAAAAAGGUACCCCUACGGGUGGAGCCUUCCCGUACAGGUCAUCAAGAGAGUACCCCCUUCCCUGCUUGAUUUGACAUUGAAUUUUCUAGUAGCAGUCAUUGAGUGAAAGACUUCCAAGUAUCUCCUCUUCCAUCAUUUCCCUCUGUUUCAGUACCCAUCAAUCGUAAUAUUCCUGAUGUCCAGCGGGAGGACGGUGAUCUAUGGCAAGAGGAUUCUUCGGUAGAUAUCAGCUGGGAUUCCGGCACCAUCGGAGGCAAUGACGAUCAAGUCUCAAUCGAUUUAGCGCGUUAUAAAAUGGGCGAAGAUAGCGUCCCAGAGCUGGAUAGUUUUCACACUGUAGUGGACUCGCAGUUGAAUACUGGUCACAGUCAGUUUGUCGUCACACAAGGCGAGGGAGAUGGGUAAGGGAGGUCGCCAUGGAGAUCUAUCUAAUUACGUUUUUUUUAAACUGUGCAAGGUCUUUUACGACGGAGGAGAAGUCCCGACACAUCUACAUUGGAGAGAAUGUAUUGCAUGCAAUUUCUAGGAUACAAUAUAUGUAAAUCCAUGUUGUUUCUAACAGUACUUCUCAUAAUGUGAGCAGCGUAGUACAUACAGCACUUAACACAAAGAACAUACGACCAUUGUAUCAGAUGGUUGCUUAAAAGAGGUUGAAAAACGAAAAAAUUCCAAAACCAUCAUCCUGAAAAGUGGUUGCGGUCACUUACGAGAGGUGAACGCACAUGGAGGUUCGAAUAUAUUUUUUCAGGUUUCGAAUUCCAGGUGCCAACUUGGCACUUUAUCAAGUAAUUUCUUUCAAAUGUAAUUACCUGCAUGUUUUCUCAGUAACUAGCUCCAGGGGCUCCUUUAGCAUCCCAUCUCCGGAAAAGUCAUGUCCCAGCACUUAUCUGAGCUAAUAUUCUCACCUGUUUUGAUGACGUCAUGCUCUUCCGCACCUUUCAGAUGAGUUUUUUGUGCUGAGAAAAAAACGUAAGACGCUAACUCCCACCAACGGCGUCACCAAGAAAAAGGGAGAAGGCAGGCUUCUGUUUUUUUUUUCGUGGCCUAGCCCUUGCAACAGAGCAGCAAGACAUCCUUUUUUGGAGAAAUCUCGCGAAGUGACAUAGUUCUCCUUCCUCUUUUUGUUUCAGAAACAUCGAAGAUCGUUAUGUUAACCUGGUUCGGAUAUCAAGGAAAGACGGUACAAACAAUGUUUCUCAGGCUCAGUGGGUGUGGAGUGAAUUGUUUGCUUGGAGAAAUGCACCUUGGGCAGAUGAGAGGUGCAAAAUAUGGCAUCAGAAAGAACCUAACCCCGGCGAAUUCAAAGGUACCUUCCACUAUUUCUUGACGAUCAAAUAUGAGUAAUGAUUGUCGUCAAUUUGGCGGCGACCCUUUGGACUAGUUUGGAACCUCAAGACGAACUACAUGCAACAUUUGGUGCUCAAGAGAGAGUAUGCAUCACAAAUGUGGCUUUUUCUUAAUUCCCUCGUCCACUAUCUGCUCGUUUGCUGCGUGCAAAUUUGACAAUCUGCUCCAAGGAAAAACUCGGUUUGACCUUAAUCAUCUUACAAUUUAUACUGGAUGUUGCUUAACUUAAAAUUUUAUGUUAGUUUUUGUGGCGCUUCGAUAGUAUUCGGAACCACCCCCCUCCCCCCCCGCCCAAAAAAGGCGAAAGAAUGGAGGGGGGGCAUGUGAUGAAAGAGAUUCUUUUACUCCUUCCGUAUUUCUGUCUACAGACGAUCCCAGUAUGCAACCCUGUCCUAGGAGUAUAACCCAGGCUAUGGCUGAUCGCGGGCGUUUCAUGUCCGAUGAAGAGUGCAACCCGUCCAAUCGGGAUGGCUGCUCUCGCUUCCACGAAGGUGCCGUUCAUUGCUUUAAAAUGGUCAAUCCAAGGUAAUUCGUUAAGAGAUCAGUAACCUUUCCAGUUUCUUGAAACAUGAACUGCAAAGUUAACAUAUUAGUAAACUGCAAUAUGAAAUUGUUCGUGUUUGUUCACAUAUAAAGCGCCGGCGCUAAUCAAUCCUGGAUACGGAACUGGUGAAAGAUUGUCAACGAAAAAGCUAACGCCGGAGAAAGUGUUUUAAAAUCUUAACUGAUAACGAAGAAAGUUGUUAAAUUUGUUUUCCUUUGUUUUGUUUUGUUUUUUACCUUCCUUUUUUCUUAGAUUAGAUUUUAUUCCUCUCCGUUUAUGUUGCCAUUAAAGAUUUUUUCGUCCUCUCAUCUUCUGUUCUCUACACUCAGUGGUACAUUCUUCUGUUCCUUUUUAGCGCAAAAGGUGCUGGUCAGCAGUGUUGCUAUAACAGCUUUGGUAACUUAAUGAUGGGUAAACCAAAUGCAGGCUCCCUUGAUCGAGUCCAUCCAAAUGCUGGUCUGCCUGUGAUAUCACACUUUUUCCAUGAUUUAGUGCCAUACCAGGAUUGUUGUCGGUUGUCUGAUAGUUGCGACAAGUAUUAUGAGAAGCGGCCGUCGGAUGACGGGUCAAAGUACCAAGCACCAAGACCUGGUAUGUGAGCCAACUCCAGGAAGUAACAUUCCAUUUACUCUCACAAAUGGGGAAAAAAACUCCUAUGUAAAUUAAAGAGCAAUGUACCAUAGCAAAACACUAUCCCAAGUUCAAGUAGUUUUCCAUUCAGACACAGGACCUCGCUUUCCUUAGCAAACUGACAUCCUCGUCGGCUUAUGAAAACCUCGAGUGAAAUGCUCUAGCCAACAAAAUGACUUUGUGUUGUGUUGCGAAGUUCCAAAGCCAUCUGUUUUGGUUUUUUGUGUUUGUUAUGUGAUGCGUUGUUUUCUUUUCGAAAACAUUUUACAAGCCUUUUAUUUUCAAAGGGAAAAGCUGAGUAAUACCGAAGGUCAUGAAAAUCACCUGCUCCUUUCAGGGAUUUUAUCAAGUAUGCAAACUUUCGAUUGGCUGUUUAAUCGGUUGAACCGAAACUUUUGACAAAUAGAAGGCUUCCUCGGUGAGUCAAACGGAAGUCAAAUCGUUGGGUUCAGUUACAACGAGAAUCACGAGUUCCAAUCCCAGUCAACCCUAUUUUGAGGUUUUUAUUUUAUUUGAAGUUAUUUUUUUUAAUCCCAAAUUGAUAAGGACUCUGCAAUGAUAAAAAGUAUCACUCACAAAUGGUAUCUUUUUAACGCUGUAGCCACUGGUUUUGGUGACCCGCAUAUGGUGACCCUAGACGGCACUCCCUUCACAUUCAAUGGCUACGGCGAGUACUUUAUUUUAAAGGUUAGAGGGGUAAACUUUACACUACAGGGACGAAUGGAGCCUCUGAUUGACGACGAUGGAACAAAAACAGAUGCUACUGUUUAUACGGCGUUUGCGGGCAAAGAAUCUGGAUCAGAUACUGUUCAGGUCAGAGAUUAAUCAAUUCUAGACUGAGAACAGAUCAGUUUGGGUCCGUCUCCAGUGCUGAGGACAUUGACUUUCUCUUUUGACCUCCCUCAGUCUGCAGUUUAACUUGGCAUUCGGUUUCCCUCAACCAGCUUUCAUAGCUUUGUCCUUGCUAAAGAACACAUUUUUAAAGAAAUACCAGCAGACUUUUACAGUAACCGAUAGUUAUAAUCAGUACUUAUUCUAUGCACUGCAUCGUGAGUAAAUUACUCAAAAUACUAAGGAGAUCAAGUUGGCCGGCUAAAGAUUUUAUUCAUUUCUCUCAUCUCCAGGUUUCUUUUUUAUUUUCUUCGAAAAACCAAAAUGGAAUCGUAAAAAGCUAGGACUAGGAAUAGCACUUAACCGGCCUUAGCCUGUAGCAAACGAAAAUUCCCUGAAAGAUGACUCAAGGAAAUGCCUGUCAAUGUAAAGAUCUAAGAUUGAACAUUUUUGGAAAAUUUUGAAACUAUUCACUCAUCGCGACGUGAUAGCUGCGACUUUCUAACAGCCUAUUUACGCUCUCUCACACCGCCAUGUUGUUCUGUCUUGCUCAAGCGUCUGAGCUGAAUGAUGACGUCACGAAAAUCUUGAUAUAUUACUUUGAAUCGCAAUGCAUUGUGGGAAGAUAUUCACUCCUCCUCUGUCACUUUUACGUAGAUUCACUUAAAUGGGCGUGGACUGGUAGAUGUCCUGGUGAAUGGAGAAAUGGUCGAUUUUGAUGAAUUAUCCUUUUUGGAAUUCAACGGAGUAUCCGUGCUGAAGUACGUCAACACAUCCAAGUAUUCCGCUAUCUUUCAUUCCGGGAUCUCGGUAACUGUAGAAGGACAAACAGAACUGCUUGGUCUCGUGACGUUAGUUCCGACUAUGUUUAAAGGUACGCUACUUUCUCGGCUCUCAAAAGAAUCCGUUCCCAUUCUUUUAAAAAAGAACAAACAAAAAAUAAACAAAACUAUUUGUCUUUAUCGAUUCCUUUCUUGGGAGAAACUUAAUGGUUUUUUGUUUUGUCUCUGUACUUUUUACAAAGAGAAAGUAAGGUGAAUAAAAUAAAUGAAUAUUAAAAUGAAACUUAACAUUUCACCAGCUUUCAUAUUAAGUAAGUAAGUUUUAGAAAGGAAAAUAAAAUUUGACUCAAUUUAAUGUCAGGUAACACAAGUGGACUUCUAGGUUACUGGGACGACAGUCAAGAAUCGGAAUAUCUUAGACCCGAUGGAACGUUUCUGGAAACGAACUCUAGCCUUGAAGAGAUUCACAGGAAUUUUGGACAGCUAUGUAAGUAUUCUGUCCUCAAAAUUCUCUGAAAUAACUUCUUCACGUCAUUCGCAAAAAAGUCCGUUUUUGCAUCACCAUAGCAUGUAAGUACACCUUAUUCAAAAAUGGCUUGCACUAAAGGACAAAUUUAUUGAAUGGUCUAGAUAUCUUGGUCCGUUCGUCAGCACAAGUCGAUCGGAGGCAUUGUGGGUUAAUUUUCAUAGGAACAAAAGAAUAACUAAAUAUCACAUCAUUUUGGAACGACGCGUAUUUUGUGGAGCAAAAAGCAAUGCAAUGCAGACAAUUCAAAUUUGAUGCAAACGCUGUAUUAAGCUCAGAAAUGUGAAAUGUAGCAGAGGAAAAGCUGCAGAGAACUAAACCUUAAGUAAGACUAAGUGUGGUACUCAUUAUCACCAUUAUCAUCAUCAUCAUCAUCAUCAUCAUCAAAGUCAUUGUCGUCGUUAUCAUCGUCAUCACCAAACGUCAUCAUCAUUAUCAUCAUCAUCAUCAUCAACGUCAACAUUAUCGAUCAUCAUUGUAAUCAAUUCACUUGACGAUAAACCAGGUUAUUUAUUAUAAGGCAUGCAUCCUGAACGCUGGUGUGGACCUCCGUAUAGGGCUCCUUAUGGUACCCUUCAUUGUAAUCACACUGGCGUUUGCAUUUCUUAGAUAAGUCACUUCGAGCGUUGGGUUAAACAGAGGAUUAUGUGUGAGAGAGUAAUAUGCAAAACUGAGAAUUUGUUACUUCAUCUCUUAAGGGGCUUUUUUUUUGAAGGGGUGACGACAGAAGACGAAUCCCUGUUUACCUAUCAACAAGGCAAAAACCAUGGAAGUUAUUUCCACCCUGACUACACGCCGAUAUUUCCGGACAGUCAAGAACUGGUUUUUGAAGACAAAUCUCUGGAAGAAGAGGCCAAAGAGGUUUGCGGGGACAGUGAGCAGUGCAUGUUUGAUAUUUACACAACUAAGAAGGUGACGAUUGGAAAGGCCAGUAAAGAAACUGUGGAGCAGUUUGUCGCUGUUAUCAAUGAUACUGUUAAACCAGGUAGGGCAUAUUGAAUGUUUUACGAUAAUAGACCCGCCAUUCCAUUUUUUUUUUCAAAUUUUUACAUAAAUCAGUUGCCUAAAAUCCGUCCACACCGCUGAAAAAAUGCGCCUUAAAAGUAGUAACGUUGCCGAGUUUGAGAGUGAUCUGUUGAACUCUUACGAAGAUUUAACCCCGCAAAGUCACGAAAUUUUACAAACUUUUGUAUGAUAUAAAGUUGACCCUAACUCGACGGUUCAAAACGCGACUUUGCGAAGGUUUAUCGUCGCUCGCUUUAAAUUUUCAGUAAUACUUUCAUGCAAACUUGGCAAGUUUACUAAUUUAGAGACACUCCGAAUCUGGCAGUGGUUAUAGAUAUUCCUUAACUGGUCCCUAUCAGAAGUUGAAAAAAUCGUGGAAGGGUCUGUUCUGGGACCUCUGAGCACAUCAUAGGCGCCGGCUGACUUAACCAGAAGCGAGAUUUUAAAUGUUUAUUUUAUCACUUAGAACCCCAAUUAAGGAGGUAGGAAUUAUAUAAAAACACUCACUUUCGGAGAUUCGUUUUGUGGCUUCGUCAAGAUUGUACUUUAAACAUCUUUUACAUCUACUCACUCCCUUUUGUUUAAAAUGCUGCCAGUUAGCCUUUGUUGCUUGCAAUUAAUGAUAAUAUAUUUUCUUCUCACUAUGGUUAUUCGCUGGUCAGUCAACACAUGUAAACCAUGUUUCGCUUUUAAUUACAUCCAAUCAUAAUGUCGAUCCUUUACGCGAACUCAAUUAGAUGCUGCCUUAAGAGCAACCUAACAAAACUUGUCCUGUUUUGCCUCGAGAUGCGCAAAUCAAAAGACCGGCACAAACACCGAAACCCUUUUUCGCACUACAAAGUCUGUAAAGAAUCAAGUAACGUUGUUCCUUUCUUAGCUUGCGUGCCUUUGGACUCUGAACUCACAAAUGGCAUUGUACUGAGAAAUGACACUGAGAAUGGCAUUGAUUACAAAUUUACCUGCAAUAGAGGAUUCGUCAUGAACGGAUCGAAUCACGUGACUUGCAAAGACGGUGUCUACAAUGGAACAACCCCAAACUGCCUUCCGAAAGGUAAGAAAUAUUUCCACUUCUAUCGAUUGGACGAAUUCAACAACCCUACCGCUCGUAGAAAUUGCGUCCAAUUUGUGGCUUUCAGGUAAAAAGAAACGGUGCCUAGGGGAUCCAGUCGUUAGAAUAUACCGCAACUGAGAAUAGAGAAUUUUAGCUUAUGUCUACGGCAAAGAGCAAACUUAAGUAAACAGUUAGUCCUAAAAAAAAUCUGGACAGUUACUCUUAUGGGUGAACACUGCAUGAAACUUCUUAUUUUUGAGUAGAUGUAAUGAGCUGUAACUGAAAAGUUAACAGAAAACUUGGUCACGUGGUUCAGUUGACGUAAACGUGAUUCUAGAUCUCUCCCUUUUCCCUUUCGAGCUUUUCUCCCCCUCCCCUCCCCUCCCCUCCCCUCCCGUUUGGGCUUCUGUCACGCAAGCUAUCGAAAAUAACUCAACAACAAUAUCAACAAUAACAGCGACAACAGCAAAAACUCAUACUAAAUGCCGACGUGUGAUUUUUUUUCUUACGCAGAGUGUUCCCCUUUUGAGUACGGCAACCCGACAAAUGGUCGCGUCGAAGGAAAUGGUCGUGUUUAUCGUUCAACCUAUCGCUUCAUCUGUAAUCAUGGUUACGUCCUAUUUGGUCAUGAUACCAUCACCUGCAUAGAAAACGGAACCUGGAAUGGGACAUCGCCAAGGUGCCUGAAAGGUAACAAACUUUGACAGUGUGGGUUGAGUAAGCUAUAUAACGAUUUUGGUGAGAUACGUCUUAGCUAGUCUUGGUUUCAAAACAUUUUUGUGUACAGUAUUGGUAAUUUGCUUUUAAUAUACAGCCAAUUAACACAAACGGACGAAAAUCCAGUCAGCAUGAGCCACGAUAUUGCGAACAAUCGAACCUCCUGUAAGCGACCAACAAAAUUUAUUUGUCAUUUACGAGGGUAGAACCACAGGGAAACUUUUUUGAGUAGAGGCCGCGACAUACUUUUUGAAAGAUAUUUUUUUUGACGCAGUUUCACGUUUUCACUGCAAGUUGUUCGUUAACGAUGAGUAGCGUCGUACAUACAGCGAGCUCAGAGAUCAGAAAGUGACCAGAAAAAGUAGUCGCAGUCUUGUCGCGGUCACUUACGAAAGGUGGUCGUUUUGCGAGCCUCCUCGGAGACCCAGGGGCAGAUAGUGGGGGCGAGGGAAGGUCUAAACUGGCGGGAAAAACCGUCCUUUACUUUUCUUCGCGCCACUUUUUUCCCGCCCGUUUAGACUAACUCUAGCUGCCCCUGGGUCUCCGAGGAUGGUUUGCGAGAGGUCCAACAAUGAAGCUUUCACUGCCAACAUUUUUGUGUUUUGGAUAGAUGGUCGCUUAAAGGAGAGGUGGUCAAACGUGGACGUUUGACUGUAUUAUUACAAACAAUACAGAAUGAUUUUUACGUUAGUAAUCCUAAUAGUUUGUAGUAUGAGCUCUCCAAAGCACAACUACAGCUCUAAUCAUGGGCUACGGCUGUGCACGAUACAUAUUAGUUGUCAAGGGAACUAAUCUGGGUAAGUAUGCUGAUUGUUUCUCGAUAACCGCCGACCCAGAAGUCUCCAAAAGUCCUUUGUUUUUUUUACAGAGUGUCCAGUACUUCCAUCGUCAUUAUCAAAUGGCAUUGUGUACGGUUCAGGCAACGUGGAAGGAGUAGUUUACAGAUUUAGCUGUCACGAUGGUUACGCGCUCGUCGGUUCAGAAAUUCUAUACUGCCGGGAAAAUGGAGACUGGAACGCUAGCGUUCCUUCUUGCUUGAGAGGUUUGUCUUCUUUUCUUUUUUGUUAUGUUGAGUCGAUGCACAGGAGCCUGGAUAAGACUUUUAAACCCUCUAGGGUCUGGAUAUAUGAUACCGUAAAAUUCCGAAAAUAUGCCCCUUUUUUUAAUAAGCUCCUCCAUGCAAGUUUAAGUCCCCUCCGCCUCCGCUAAAUUCGAAACGGAAAAAAGCUUCCAAUAACAAGCACUCUCGUACAGAAGCCCCAUAUCAGAAUCCACAUUUUAGGUUAAGCUCAAAAGUUAGCCUUGUCACUCGUUAGAUGCCCAUGAAAUACAAACUGUCAUCAAGAGCAGGCUGUCAAAGGCCAUUAUGGCUCUUGCUGUCAUAUAUAGGUGGGAUGUUUCUUAGCAUUGCAGACACUAUUUUUGGAUAGCUUUUAUGCUUGAUGGGUUUGUUGUUGUGUUUGAAGCCAAUAUGCCAAUAUCAUCAUCAGCACCAAGUCCCUCGGUAUACAAGCCCCACCGAUUCAAUUUCUGCAAACAAUGCUUAUUGUAUAACUUAUAGUUUCUGUCAACAAAAACUGAUUGAGGGCAAAAUGUUUGCUAUAUUAGUUGAAGCAACACAUUGUCCUUGUAAACUGACCUUUUUCCAUUAUAUGGUUAGUAACAUCAUUAAAUGGUCAGUUUAAAAUGAAAAGACGAAGCUAGAUGACUUUACGGUGAAUAUUUUAAUUGCUUUUAUUUUUUAUCUUCAUUUCAAGAAUGUCCAGCCCUUCCAUUAUCGUUAUCAAAUGGAUUCGUCAGUGGCAGGGGCAAAGUGGAAGGAUCGCAGUACCAUUUUAGUUGCAAGAAAGGAUACUCAUUAGUAGGGGCAGGAACAUUAUACUGCACCGAUCAAGGCAUCUGGAACGGUUCUUUUCCGACCUGUUUCAUCGGUAGGCAGCUUGCUUUUAGCUCUUAUGUUGUUAUUUAAGACUUACUGGGCUCAACUAAAAAUGUUGAGGAUGGAUGAUUGCCAAUAAGCAUUAAUUGAAGACUGUUGCCUCGCUUGGCUGUCACUAAUGGAAUUGUUAGUUGCCAAUCGAUCUCCUUACAGAAAGGUUUUAAUCGUAAAAAGCACUUUACAAGAUUUUAAAGGACUAAAGAAUCCUGUUACUCUAAGAUUGUAAGAGACUGAAAUGAAUUUACAUGGCGAGGAUUUGUCAGUCUAAAUAUUGUAUGGACGUGGGAUGUGGGAUUUGUCCUUACUAACUUAAGCCUCUUUUUUAAAUGAAUAAAUUUAUUAAUUAAUUAAUCUAUUUAUUUAUUAUCUUUAGAAUGCCCAGAAUUACCUUCGUUUAUACCAAACGGCCAAGUUUAUGGCAGCGGUUCGAUACAAGGCUCCCUGUUCAGAUUCAGUUGUUUGGCCGGGUACUCUCUUGUUGGACAGUCUAAAACGUUGCUUUGCAGCGCCGAUGGAAAAUGGAAUGCUAGCGUUCCAAGGUGUCUAAAAGGUAACUUUAAAAAUUCCUGUCAUAAUAGAUCGCCGUUCUCUGAUUCAGCCGUGCAUUUAGUAUCGAGCACGGCGUCCAUGGUGCUAAUACCUGAUGCAAAGGGAACUUUGAAAGUGUCUUAUUUUCCUUUGGUGCAGUUCAUCACUGGGAAUUGUCCAACAGAUCAGAAACACAUCUUUCAAUUAAGUGCUUAACGUAAUUAUCGCUACACUACGCCACGCUUAACACAUUUCUUGUAAAAAUCUCUCGCCAAUCUUUUAAUGUGCGUUUGUUUUGCUUCAUCGUGGGGGAAGAUAACCACAUGUUGCGUGUAGUAUCACAGUCCGAUCUUAUUAUCAUUGCGGUGAUGUUGGUACAUUACUUUUCAGAUUGCCCUCUUCUUCCAUCAUCCAUUCCAAAUGGUGUCAGUAAUGGAACUGGUUCGGUAGAAGGUUGUCACCAUUAUUUUACUUGCGAUGAAGGAUUCUCAUUAGUGGGAAGAAACACGUUGUUCUGUAAUGACGAGGGUAAAUGGAAUGGCUCUGUACCUACCUGUGUGAUAGGUAAGCCGGCAAGGCUGUUAAUUCUUGUUCUAAUUUACAAAAAAGGAUUAGUUCAACGUUUAUUUCGCCCCAUGUAAGGGAAUGCAACACAGUCUUAGAUUCUGGAUUCCUCGCUAUCGAUUCUGGAUUCCAGGUACUGAAUUCCCGGAUUCUUUGUUAGUGGAACAUCAAUCUCGUACCCAGAGUCUUCAGGCUCUUUGGUCAGCCGCUGACCAAAAAGCCUGAAGACUCUGGGUAAGAGAUUGGUGGAACAUGGAUUCCGGAUUCCAAGUAUCGUCCGGAUUCCGGAGUACAGAUCCCCUUACACGGGGCGAUUUAUUAACGGAAACUUCCUGGCAUUCCGCUGGGAUAUCAACUUCAAGAGGUUGACCGUAGUUGUGAUUUUUUUUCCACAGAGUGUCCUAAGCUCCCUUCAGCUAUUGAACAUGGCAUUGUGAAAGGUUCAGGCUACAUUUACGGCUCUCUCUAUAAAUUUAGCUGCCUCAAUGGGUAUUCCAUCGUGGGAGAAGAUAUUCUGUACUGCACAGAGAAAGGCAUGUGGAAUGGGAGUGUUCCUAAAUGUCUCAAAGGUAAAAAGAAAUGAUUCCAUGGUUACAACAAUUAUUCGGGGGAAGAAAUGAAAAGGGCGAACUCCCUUUACAAGUAUUAUCGGGUACAGCUUGAGGCCUGAAACACUAUAUCACAUUCCUUGCGCAAAUGCAAUCAUUACUCUCAUAGAGACCUCCACAAACCGAAUAUAUAUUAAGCGAAUUCCGUGAAUUUCGACAGCGGUGCCCUACUUUUAUUAUAACCAGUGCUACCAUACGUCUGUUGACUGCCAUCCAGAAAUAAAUUUCUAAGUCUAGAUUUGCUUCAUCCCAUGGGCGUAUGUACCUUAAAUUGAUAAAAGUAUUAGAAAAAGUACAAAUGCAGAGAGCGAUUGUCAAUUCGUUGUACAGUGUCGAUUUCAGGGUAGCCUUCCACGCAGACGCGUUGUCAGGACUUUGUCACGCGUUCCUGUUCCUAAAAGAAGCCCUAAGAACGUCUGCGUUGGAGACUAAUUCCAGGUCGCCCAUAAAUCCGCAUUCCGGAUUUCGGGAAAUUUUUACCCGUGGAAUCCGGAAUCCUGCGCUUUGGAAUCCAGAAUACAGCUAAAGAAUUGGAAUCCCACUAGCGGCUGGAAUCCAGAAUCCAAGUUCUACUGACAAAGACUGGAAUCCAGUACCUGGAAUCUGGAAACCAUGUUAUGGAAUCCAGAACCCAAGAUUGUCUUGGAUUCCAUUACAUGGGGCGAUCCAGGGCAGUAGAGCACAAUAACACACACGCAAUGCAGUCAUAGUUUACCUCUAGGAUGGUCUUUUAGGUAUGGUUUAGCAACGAUAAGAUUUGGUGACUUAGUCAAAUAUACUGAAUGUUUUUGUCACAGAAUGUCCCAGCCUUCCUUCAUCUAUAGCACAUGGAUUUGUCAACGGCAGUGGCUAUUUGGAAGGAUCCCAACAUCACUUCACAUGUGGCAGGGGAUAUUCACUUAUUGGUGAUGACACGCUAGUCUGUAGGGAUACCGGUGCUUGGAGUAAUCCUCCUCCCAAAUGUCUUAUAGGUAUAAAAAAAACUUUCGCUCUUCUUUGCUAGACCCAGAGGACCUUGCAAAAGUUCACUUUUUGUCCACAGAAAUGGUGAGGUUUUGGAAACAAUAUUCUAGAAUAUAAAGUAUAAAACAAACCAGGAAAUGCUAUAAAAACAACUCUAUACAUACUAAGUCACUCACAGUUAAUACAUUUGUCUCAAACAAGUUAUGCUUUAAGUUUGUUUCUUCAGAUGAAAAUAAGUGUUGAUUAAGCACAUGGCUUUGCAUUAGCAUGCAAAUUCAUGAGGAAAUAGGAAUAUUAAUAUCAAUAUCCCUGCUACCAUUUAUGUCUUCUAAGAAUGCCCUUCACUUCCUCCGUAUAUAAGACAUGGUUUCGUCAAUGGCACUGGAUCAGUGGAAGGUUCUCUUUAUAGCUUUAACUGCAAGCAAGGAUACUCUCUUGUUGGUAAAAAGAACUUGUACUGCACCGCAGAGGGGGAAUGGAAUGCAAGUAUUCCCAUUUGUUUAAAAGGUAAUUACAAAGUUAUCGUUUUGGAAAUUGAUUCGAUCAUUGCAAUAUACUGAUAAGUAAUUAACAAAUUUUUAAUUCGUCUUUUGACAUACAAAUAAUCAAAAGCUUCGUGUAGUACGCAAUAUUUACUUGUCAGAGUAAUUAAUAAUAGAAAAUAUCUAACAGGUAAUUUUAGCUAAUAAUGCUGAAAAGAACAAUUUCAAUCUUAGUAGAACGAAUGACUGGAUAUCUUCUAAGGAAGGCUGUGAGACACAACUCCUAAUGGCCAGUCCAAAAUCCUCAAAAACAAACUCCACAAAAUAUAUCUAUUUUUAGAUUUUUUUGCAGUUUGCAAACAAACUAGGCACAAGCCAACUGCCCCUCUAUGGACUGUAAAAAGAUAUGAAGAUAACAUAACACUGUAGCACGUUUCGUUUAAAUAAUAACACUGAUCUUACAGUUGUUAAAGACGACAUACAAACCUUACUAGUUGAACGAAAACCUGCAACAAAUUUGACAAGAAUGUAACGUUUUUGUAGAGUGUCCAGAACUUCCUUUGUUGAUAGCCAAUGGUUUCAUCAACGGUUCAGGCGCCAUGCAUGGUUCGCUUUACACUUUCAAGUGUCAAGAUGGUUAUUCACUCGUUGGUCACGAACUCCUGUACUGUACAGAAGAAGGGAAAUGGAAUGCUAGUGUUCCCGUUUGCUUAAAAGGUUAGGUCUGUUCUCUACUUGUUUUUCCAGUCAAUGCCGCUAUCUCGUGAAAAACAUCUUGUUAAACAGCUAACCAGGGUUCGUACAGGUCAUGAAAAACCUGGAAAGUCAUGAAGUUUAAGAAUUUCAUUUUGUAGGCCUUGAAAGUCAUGGAAAGUUGAAGUAAUGUUCGGUAGAUUAAUUACCGCAGAGGUGAAAACAAGGACAAAGUAAGAUAGAGACAGGUAAUUAAACAACUCAAAUGGCAGACAAUUUGGUGGACGUCAACCUUUUCACCUUGUGACGAUGCAAACUCCUCUUUCCUCAGAAUGUCCUAGUCUGCCUUCUUCUAUUAGUCAAGGGUUCAUCAAUGGCUCUGGAUCAGUGGAAGGUUCUCUUUAUAGCUUUAGCUGCGAGUAUGGAUACUCUCUUAUGGGUGAAAAGAACUUGUACUGCACUGCAGAGGGGAGGUGGAAUGCAAGUAUUCCCAUUUGUUUAAAAGGUGCGUAGUAAGGGAUAAUCCCUCUGGAUUUUCUCCCCCAUCACCUCACCACCACCACCACCACCACCACCAAGAAAACGCCUACAUUGUCAUAUUGUGACGAUGCAAACUCCUCUUUCCUCAGAAUGUCCUAGUCUGCCUUCUUCUAUAAGACAAGGGUUCAUCAAUGGCUCUGGAUCAGUGGAAGGUUCUCUUUAUAGCUUUAACUGCAAGCAAGGAUACUCUCUUGUGGGGGAAAAGAACUUGUACUGCACCGGAGAGGGGAAGUGGAAUGCAAGUAUUCCCAUUUGUUUAAAAGGUACUUUACAGAGUCAUCGUUUUGGAAUUUGAUUCGAUCAUUGCAAUACUGAUAAGUAAUUAAUACAUUUCUAAUGCGUCUUUUGACAUAGAAAUAAUCAAACGCUUCGUGUAUUACGCAAUAUUUACUAGUCAGAGUAAUCAAUAAUAGAAAAUAUCUAUAGGUAAUUUUAGCUAAAAGAACAAUUUCAAUCUUAGUAGAACGAAUGACUGGAUAUCUUCUAAGAAAGGCUUAUUCUGCGAGACACAACUCCUAAUGGCCUGUCCAAAAUCCUCAAACAAACUCCACAAACUAUAUCUAUUUUAGAUUUUGUUUGCAGUUUGCAAACAAACCAGGCACAAGCCAACUGCCCCUCUGUGGACUGUAAAAAGAUAUGAAGAUAACAUAACACUGUAGCACGUUUCGUUUAAAUAAUAACUCUGAAAGAUGCGAGAAUCAUUUUACAGUUGUUAAAGACUACAUACAAACUUUACUAGUUGAACGAAAACCUGCAACAAAUUUGACAAGAAUGUAAUGUUUUUGUAGAGUGUCCAGAACUUCCUUCGUUGAUAGCCAAUGGUUUCAUCAACGGUUCAGGCGCCCUGCAUGGUUCGCUGUACACUUUCAAGUGUCAAGAUGGUUAUUCACUCGUUGGUCACGAACUCUUGUACUGUACAGAAGAAGGGAAAUGGAAUGCUAGUGUUCCCGUUUGCUUAAAAGGUUAGGUCUGUUUUCUACUUGUUUUUCAAGUCAACGCCGCUAUCUCGUGAAUAACAUCUUGUUAAACAGCUAAUCAGGGUUGGUACAGGUCAUGGAAAACCUGGAAAGUCAUGAAGUUUAAGAAUUUCAUUUUGUAGGCCUUGAAAGUCAUAGAAUUUAAUUGUCGGUCAUGGAAAGUUGAAGUUAUGUUUGGUAGAUUAGCUACCGCAGAGGUCAAAACAAGGACAAAGUAAGAUAGAUAUAGGUGAUAAGACAACUCAAAUGGGAGACAUUUUGGUGGACAUCAACCUUGUCAAUUGUGACGAUGCAAACUUUUCUUUCCUCAGAAUGUCCUAGUCUGCCUUCUUCUAUAAGUCAAGGGUUCAUCAAUGGCUCUGGAUCAGUGGAAGGUUCUCUUUAUAGCUUUAGCUGCGGGUAUGGAUAUUCUCUUAUGGGUGAAAAGAACUUGUACUGCACUGCAGAGGGGAGGUGGAAUGCAAGUAUUCCCAUUUGUUUGAAAGGUGCGUAGUAAGGGAUAAUCCCUCUGGAUUUUCUCCCCCAUCACCGCACCACCACCAAGAAAUCGCCUACAUUUCCGGCUCGAAUGCAGUUCGUCCUCGUAGACGAGAUAUUUGCGUAUAAAAAGGUUCAUUCGGUUUCCCGCUGUACCGACUACAUGCCCUCUACGUGAAUAUUAUUUUUUGAUGAAAGUUCUCGUGAAAAGAAAAAAAACUCCCCGAAAAAUGCUUCUUUAAUGUCGCGGCUCGUAAGAUCGAUUGUUUUAAUGGGGCUCUGUGUUCCAAUAUACAUACAACCGGAAUAUACAUAAUAAAGGUUAAUAUGCCCUACGUAUGGCAAGAAUGCAUGCCUGCAUCGUUGCGUAUUUCCUGUCUACUCGGCUAAUGAAAUUUCGAUCGUUAAAUCUUUAUCCUCGUUCAAUCCAAAAUCAGAAGCAUGAAACUCAAAAUAUCAAAAAAUUCGAUAGUGGUCCCAAAAAAGGCCUAGAGCUGAUCUUUUUGAAGCUUGCUGAGGACCUGAAACUCUACUAGCUUUUGGCCGCUGUUGAGUGGCUAUGUUAAGUAUAGCCAUUCAAAGAUUUCCAGCAACAGGUGCUUAGUUAUACUAAAAACCGAUCACUCUAUAUCCACAGGCGUCCUUUUUAUUGUCGUAUAUGUUGUGAAAGGUUUUUUUGCCUUUGUGCUGAUUUAAUAGUACUUUCCUUUUACUUCAGAUUGUCCCACCCUUCUUUUAUCUCUGCCAAACUUUGGAAUGGUUACUUUCUUCUUCCUUCAGAUUGUCCCACCCUUCCUUUAUCUUUGCCAAAUGGAAUGGUUAGUGGUACAGGCUCCGUGGAAGGAUCUUAUUACUAUUUCAGUUGCCAAAAGCACUACUCCCUUCUUGGGGCAAACACUUUGUUUUGCAACAAAAAGGGGACGUGGAAUGGUUCUGUUCCCGCAUGUUUUAAAGGUAGGUAAUCGCUAAUUUCAUAACCAGCUGUAAUAACAUUUAAAACACGGCUUACGCACGCGCGUCUUUCUGUUCUGAUAGAGUGCUCUUGAGAAAAUGUUGAGAAAAAAGGAACGUUUAAAAAUUUAAAAUUAAACGCGAUUUUCCAUUUGUAACCGCGCCCUCAAUAGUUCGGCAAAAAUUUUAUAGCAGUGCGCCAUGGCCAAGAAAAUUUGGUCAUCUAUCCAUCCGAGAAGUUUAGUUUUCUCGUAACCAAGGCGCCCUGCUCGUAACCGUACGACUUUCCGUCCGCUACAAGUAAACCAAUGUGGAGUAUAGUAUGCUUCUUAUAUCCUUACCACGCCAUCCAUAUCAAAGUCGUUAAUUAACGCCGUCAAAUAGGGAAUCCAAUGAACUUUUAAUUUAGGCACUGUUUGAAAGAUCUCUUUCCCUGUAUGAGUUGAGUUGUAGAGUUAUCUGUGACCGUUGUUGUCUAGGGAAUGUGUUAAGCUAACAGGGGCAAGAAAGAGCGGGGCGCGCGCGGGAGACACGCGAGCGUCCCGUUCUCCCUUGCGCCCAUAUACAUUACUUCCGUGCGCCAGCUACGCAGGCUAGUGUUGCAGAGGUUUCCACUUUGAUACUAUGUUGUAACAAAACUACUAGAUUGUCCAGAAAUAAACCAGACACUUGAACAUGGACACAUGAAUGGCAGUGGAUCCACUUUUGGGACAACAUAUAGCUUCUAUUGUGAUGAAGGUUAUAAAAUGGAUGGGCAGAGCACUGUAUUCUGUGAUGAGCAAGGUCAAUGGAAUGCUACUAUUCCAGUUUGUUCAAGAGGUAAACAAUUCAGUUCUCUAAUUACCACAAAAACUUAGAACGCACAUCAAGAAAAAAAAAAGCGCAGAAUGGCUAUUGCAGAGCAAAGACACAAAGGCCAUGCAAGGCGAGAUAUUGUUUAUUCCCGCUCUGUUUCCUCAUAUCUCAUGUUAAAUGACUUAGUUAAGGUGACACUUGACGGUUCCAAGAUAAACUGGUAAGCCUGUAGGCCUCUAAGUUUCCCCACCUACAUUAACGACACUUUCCAGAUCGUAUCGGGAUUUGGAAUGUCCCCUUUUGAGAAGAGAGGGAAACCGGAGUACCUGGAGAAAAAUCUCUCAGAGCAGGGAAAACAACCAACAACAAACUCAACCUUCAUAUGGCGUCCAGGCCGGCACUCCAACCCGGACCACUUUGGUGGAAGACAAGUCCUCUCACCACGGCGCCAUCGCUGCUACCCCUAAAAUGUUUAAAUGGUUAUAUGAACGCCGCCCUGCUCCCCAGCUGGUUGUUUUGGUUUUUAGUUUGUUCAUCUUCUAAACUGCGUUAUAUUGGGUGUAUUGCAAAGCUAAGAUUAACCUGCGAUCAGGCGGUCCUUCUUCCCUUUUUGUUUCUCGCUAUCCCCGGAAACAAAAACACCUGAUCGCAAGUUAAGCUAAGAAAUGCUGGAACGCUUUCCAAAUUUUGACAUUGAGAACAAUUUUGCUUUUCUCCAGUGCAUGUAGGAAAAAUAGCAAAGAAAACGGCCUGGUACGUAGUUCCAUUUUCUGCCAUGAGUGGCCUUGUAUUUAUUAUUGUUGCUACCGGAGUUGUGAUCCUUUUGCUGCGUCGAUGGAGAUCAACGAGAAAAGGCGAAGAACCCAUGGAAGGUGAAGAAGUGGCAAUGAACGAACAAGCGAUAACUCCAAGGAAGACUAAAGUGAGGUGGGAAUGUUUGCCAAUCUUAAAAACAUCCAAGGAACCCCCAACAGUGGUGUGA